CAGUUUGAUUAGCUUAUGGUUUUGAUUCUUCAGGUGAACUCGAACAUUUCACAGCUGCAAGCAACAUAUCCAAAUCUUGCUCAUGUCUGCAACCCUUUCUCUGCACUACCAGACUAUACAUAUCAGACAAAUAACUGCACAGCUAAUACGAUCAGGAUCGGCAACAUACCAAAGAUAUUGGAAGUAUUUACUUGUUGGGAUGCCAACAAUGAAACCCGUCAAGAGGGGCAAUUCAUAUCCAGCAAUGAUUUCAAAAAAGUGGAGGCUUACGCAAGUUCAAUUGAAAACCUGCUAAACGUUUAUCCAGGCAUGGAAAAUCUAGUCCAAUGCCAGUCCGUGAAGGAUGCAUUUUCCAAGAUCAUUGGCCGACACAGCAAACCUUGGAAGCGAUCCGCUUGCAUGGCAUGGGCGGCAAUGGUUCUUCUCUUGAUCGUCAUGGUAAUAUUGGUUCUUGUAUGGGCAGCGUAAGCUCGCCAUGAUCAGGACCUUCAUUCUUCAGACAUUUCGUCCAAAACAACAGAUUCAUUGGAAUUACAAGCAAAUAAUGAAGUGAUACCUGAUUCAAUUUAGAUGCAAAAAUACUGCAGAUCUCAAGAUUGUUACUUUGGAAGACAAGGCAGCCAAGCAGCUUCCAGACAAUACUAGUUUUGUACAGGGUAGAGAUAUAUAAGAUUAACUAAAUUUGAAACAAAGAUAGAGAUAAUUGUCUGAAAUAGACAGAGAUAAAGGAUCUACAAGGGCCAUUUUUUUGGUCUGAAUAGAAGUUUAAAUUUUGUAAUAGAUUUACAAGAAAUACAAGAUUUUUUCUUUGUACUUCCAGAUCUGGGGAUCAACCCCAUAAUACAAUGUAAUAUGUAGUUGUUGAAGAA